UCAAAUAACCAAGUCUAAAGGCCCUCCAGCAUGAUUACGUGCGUGAUACCGAUUGCUGAAUGGUAAAUAUUUGCUUCCAAACACGAUGCGCAACCUCAGGAAUAUACGGUUCUCGGAAAUCCCACUUCUAGGUGGGCUGCCGUUGGCCGCCACUGCGUGGGAUGUCACAACAGAUUCGUUGAUAUGCGCAUUUGGCCCUGCGGAGGAUAAUGCAGUGAUCGAGCUGAAAAGAAAGUCGCAGCAUGAAGAUGUCUCCCCUGGGUCGCUGCCGGGGGACAUGGCUCUCAUUGCCUCCUGGGAUGCGCCUUGCCCAAACCCAGACAUGAAAUGUGAUCGCAUAUUGUCCUUACAGUACUUCCCGGACACCCUGAUAAUAUGUUUAGUUCUGGAGGGUGGAGAUAUCAUCAUCGUACGCGAAGAGCCCCAGCCGGGGGAGGACAAGAUUGAAAUUGUUGGCAGUGUUGAUGCCGGUAUCUCUGGAGCUGCUUGGUCUCCCGAUGAGGAGCUACUGGCUAUCUCUACAAAGGCGAAUACACUACUUUAUAUGACUAGAGACUUUGAAGGAACCGCAGAUAUUGCCCUCAGCCAGGAGGACCUCAAAAUCUCACAACAUGUAUCCGUGGGCUGGGGAAAAAAAGAGACUCAGUUCCAAGGGAAGAGAGCAAAGGCACUUCGUGACCCAACGAUGCCAGAAAAAGUUGAUGAGGGAAAAUUAAGCGAAUUUGAUGAUGGGAAGACUACCCUCAGCUGGAGAGGCGACGGUGCAUAUCUUGCUCUUAAUAGCAUUGAGACCGGGGUCCGUCGAGUUAUCCGCGUGUUUUCCCGAGAAGGUACACUGGAUAGUGUGAGCGAACCUGUGGACGGUCUUGAGGGUGCUCUGAGCUGGCGUCCAUCUGGAAAUCUUAUUGCUGGGAUCCAGCGCCUUGAUAAUAGAAUCGAUGUCGUUUUUUUCGAAAGAAACGGUUUACGACAUGGACAGUUUACCCUCAGAUUAACGGAAGAGGAGCGGCUAGGCUGGGCAUCAAAUAUCAACCUCACCUGGAAUGUCGAUUCCACUGUGCUCGCGGUCCAGUUCAAAGAUAGGAUCCAGCUCUGGACUACAGGAAACUAUCACUAUUAUCUCAAACAAGAAAUCCCAUUAUCAAUCGACGGGGCAUCAUCGCUCUGUACAUUCCGUUGGCACCAUGAGAAAGCUAUGCGCUUUACCACAAGCUCGCCAAGCUCACUGGUUGAUACUGAUUGGAUCUUUGAGAUGGCAGCUGGCUCAACUAUCGCUCCUAAUGACUUCGGUUCUGUUGCCGUAAUCGAUGGACGAACCUUGAAGCUUUCUCCCCUGAAAGUUGCGACAGUGCCUCCUCCAAUGGCACUUUGUGAACUUUCCCAUGAUUCCAAUGUUAUAGACGUGGCAUUCAGCAAGACAAGUACAAAAAUGGCAAUUCUAAGUGCUGCUUCAUUUGCAAUAUACUCGUGGAACCUUCAAUCCACCUCUCCUCUUGAGGCAACACUUUGCUCAUCACAUGCUAUACCUCAAUCCAGGCGCCCAAGGCAUAUUGCUUUCCUUGGGGAAAAUGAUAUUUAUGUCGUAACGCAAGAUGAAUUUGAGACAGUCCACAUAUCCUCAAUAUUCGAAGAUUCCGAGCAAGAGAAGCUUUGGAUUGCCCAGAUUUCCCAGAAUAAAAAAGCUAGAAGUUAUAGCUUUAUUCGAAACAGAGCGGAAGGCUCUUCCGCUGUAUCGUGGCAUGAUAGUCCUGCAACUGACACCAGCUGGGCUCGCGCCAUCCAGCUACCAAGUGGGGAUGAUAUCCUGUUCACGCUCUCUCGCUCCGGAGUUCUAUAUGCCAAUAAGCGCUUACUAGUCAAGGGUGUUACCUCAUUCUUACUGACUUCUGCCCACCUUAUUUACACCACUGCACAACAUUUGCUCAAAUUUGUUCACAUUGCUAACGUUGAUGACCUUGAGACGCCAGGGGACACUCCAGAAGAAGACGAGAGAUGCCGAAGUGUCGAACGUGGAGCAAGAUUGGUCACUGCUAUGCCCUCAAAGCUUUGUCUAACCCUACAGAUGCCACGAGGGAAUAUAGAGACAAUAUACCCUCGAGCCUUCGUCUUGGCAGGUAUUCGUGGCUAUAUCGAAAACAAGAAAUACAAAUCUGCAUAUCUAGUGUGUAGGUCACAGAUGGUUGACAUGAACAUUCUUUACGACUACAUGCCUGAGCAGUUUUUGGAAAAUAUACCUUUGUUUCUUGAUCAGGUGAAAAAGGUCGAAUUCAUUGACGAGUUCCUAUCUCGGCUGAAGAACGAAGAUGUGACAAAAACAUUAUAUAAAGAUACCCUUAAGCUCUCUCAGCCAACAGAAGCCACUAGCGGAAACAUUCCGGGUCUAAAUAAUGCACCGAUUACCUCCUUCGGUGCGGCCAGGACCGAGAGUAAAGUGAACAAGAUUUGUGAUGCUUUUAUAACUGUCCUUUCCAGUAGAAUUGACACCAACUUACAAAACCUUGUGACCUCACACGUUUGCAAGUCUCCGCCAGAUCUCGAUGCUGGUCUUAGCCUUGUUGCAAAAUUACGUGAACAGAGCGCAGAGCAAGCAGAGGAAGCCGUAGAGCAUAUGUGUUUCCUUACUGAUGCCCAUCAGCUGUUCAACUACGCACUCGGCCUAUACGACCUAGAACUCACGCUGAUGGUUGCUCAGCAGGCACAAAGGGAUCCAAGGGAAUACCUUCCCUUCCUCCAAAAGCUUCAGGGUGUCUCCGAGCUUCAGCGUAAGUAUGAGAUUGACAAUCACCUUGGCCGUUUUGCCAAGGCAUUAAAGAGUCUCCAUGCAUUGGGCUCUUAUGACGACCUUAAACUGUACACGAUCAAGCAUAGCCUUUAUAAAGAUGCGCUGGAAUUGUAUAAGUAUCAGCCAGAUCUUCUGCAUGAUAUGACUAAAUUACAUGCGGAUUACUUGUAUGACCAGUCAAAUCAUAAAGAAGCUGCUAUUGCUUACGAAUCUCUUGGAAUGUUCAAACCUGCUUAUGAAUCAUACAAGCUGGCACACAUGUGGCAAGAAUGCCUUUUCUGUGCAGCCUUAGUUCCAUUAUCAGAAACCGAUAUGAAGGAAUUAGCGACGUCCCUCGCCGCCACUCUCACAGACGAAAGCAAAGACUAUGUCUCCGCUGCACGUAUUCAAUCAGACUAUCUUCAUGACAUCCCUAAUGCAGCACGUCUGCUCUGUAAAGGAGCACAAUUUGGCGAUGCCUGCAGGCUACUUGUCCUGCACGGCCAUCAAAACCAAGUCACCGAGAUCGUUGAUAAUGGCCUUGCAGAAGCAAUGGGAACCAUGACGGAACUUUUAGCCGAUUGCAGAAGCCAAUUGCAAGCCCAAGUUCCACGGAUCCAGGAGCUACGUGCUAAACGUGCUGCUGAUCCUCUCGGGUUUUAUGGCGGUGAUCCGACCGGUGCCAGUGCCGGGGAUGUAGAUAUCCCUGACAACAUUUCUCUCGCCCCGACUGAUGCGAGUACUAUGGCUGGCAGAAGUUUGUUUACCAGAUAUACUGGGGGAAGCAGUACAUCGCGAGCCAGUAGCCGAAUGAGGAAGAGAGAGGAGCGCAGGCGGGCCAAAGGGAAAAAGGGCACGGUUUAUGAAGAGGAGUACCUUGUCAACAGCGUAAGGCGGUUGAUUGAGAAGGUGAAUAGCUCGAUUGAAGAAGUGGAGGCACUUGUUCAGGCAAUGCUAAGGAGAAGAAUGCGUGAACGAGCUGCGGUGGUGGAGAGGAACCUUGAUGAGGUUUUGAGUAUGUGUAGGGAUUGCUUGGGUGAAGUCUUUGAGACUCCUAUGGAAACCAACUUGGAUUCACAAGCUAAGGAAGACAGCGAACCUUCUGCCGGGGUGAUUUCAAGUGGGGAGCGUGUCUACCUGGAGAGUAUGGAAGCCCUCAGUGGCAAGGGGAGAGAACCACCUAUUGUAAAAGCAUUUAAGAAGCUGUCCCUGCUCGGUGGUUAA